AAGCAAGCCAUGGCUUCUUCAGCCGUCCUGCUACUUAUUCUGAUGGUUGUGGCCGCGACGGUGCAUGGCCACACCCAUACCCCUGGAGGCACUCCGGCGGCACUGUUCUGGGAGGCGGCCCUCCCGGACUCGCCGAUGCCCGAGUCCAUCGCCCACCUCGUGCAGAAGGGCACCGAUCACUCGCCGCUCCAGCAGCACCAUUCUGCCGCCAUGAUCCUGCCCAACGCGUGCCUCGGCUACUCCUACAGGAUCAUAUGCAAUAGUCCUGCCCAACAGGCGUCGUCUGUGGAAGGCCUCUUCUUCCGCGAGUCCGACAUGCGUGUGGGGCGCACCAUGACGGUUGCCCUGCCGGCGUUCGACCCGGCGCCGUUCCUCCCGCGCAAAGCUGCCGAGAGGAUUCCCUUCGGCAACCUCGCGGAUGCCCUCUAUAGGUUCGGCAUCACGCCGGGCUCCCAAGAGGCGGCCCGGGUAGGCGAGACACUGAGCGCCUGCCGCGAGGCGCCUCUCGCCGGCUAACGGAAGGCGUGCGCCACGUCGCUGGAGGGGGUCGUGCUGAGCGCCACGCGUAUGCUGGCCACGAGCCGGCCCUUGGUCGCGGCGGCGUCCGCACUUCCCAACUCCGGCCUGCCGCGCCGCACGUACACUGUGCAGGCUAUCAAGCCACUAGGCGGAGGAGGCGGCGGCUACGUGGCAUGCCACAGCAGGGCUUACCCGUACGCUGUGUACGAGUGCCACAUGAUGGAGGGCUCGUCCGAGGAGGCGUACGUCGUCUCCAUCCGCGGCGGCAGCGGCCUCCCUACCGUGGACAUGGCGGCGGUGUGCCACUUCGACACCUCUAAUUGGAUCCCAGCUCACCCAGCCUUCAAGAUCCUGGGAACCCACCCCGGCGGCUCGCCCGUGUGCCACUUUCUUCCCUACGCCGACCUCAUGUUCGGCGUGAAGAUGGCCGACAAUGCAUAGAAUCUUAACAACAAACUACGUACAAGCAGAGAUGACCUAAAUGUCAUUAGCAAGAAUAAAAAGUACCCGUAGUCUAUUUGAUCAUUAUCUAUCCGUAAGUUGGCUAUACCCCACAUCUUUAUCUUUAUCUUUACCUAAAAAUAAAGGAAGGAAGUUUUCAUA